AUGGCCACUAUGCAUAUGGCUCCCAAUACCGCGGAAUACAAGAAUGAGAUGAUGAAGUGUCGCGUGUUUCAUAAGGACAUGCGUGUUGAUGAUCGUGUCCAUCAGCGAGGACUUAGCCGGGCUGCUCGCCGGGCUGCUAAUCGAGCCCACCGAUCUAGCAGUUCAAUAUUUGGUGCUAAACGAGACAGCAAACCGCGCGCCUCCACCAGUGCUGGCCCUCACACGAUUAACUUGGUCUCCUCUUCGCCGGAUGCGGACAAAAAACUUUGCUCUUUGAUCACGAUUUCGUCCUCACCUGAUGAAAAGCCUGGCCCUUUCUUUCCCCCCAUGCCGACCGUCGAAAAGGCGCCUAGCACUCCGACCCCUUCCGGAGGUCAGGCCGACGACUUGAUAUCCUAUUCUUCUGAUGAUUCCCCUAUCCGUGAAGGCAGCCAAAAGGACAUCAAGCCCCACUUGAGUCCUUUGAAACUAAACAGACCUCAAUAUGAUACGUUUAUCAAAGCCUCCCCUAAAUGA